UUAUUCUCCUGAGUCCUAUUAUCAGCUUAAGGACCAAAGACAUCUGCUCCCCGCUGCCCUCCCAGAGAGCUGAAGGAGUCUUCAAGCUCGCAGCAAGAGCUCAGCUGAGGGCGUCUCCUCUCCGAUGGAUCCCUGAACGGCCCCAGCGCUGAGAGGGGCAGCCCCUCGCCCCCCCGAGGGCAAAAUGGCUCAGGACAUGACAGAGAAGGAGCUGCUGAAGAUGGAGCUGGAUCAACUGAAGAAAGAAGUGAAGAAUGAGAGGCAAAUGGUCUCCAAGACUGGCAAAGAGAUCAAGGAGUACAUCGAGUCCAUGGCGGGCGAGGACCCGCUGCUGAAAGGAGUCCCUGAGGACAAGAACCCCUUUAAGGAGAAGGGUGGCUGUACGAUAAACUGACCCCGCCACUGCUGUCACUGCUGGGCACAGGGAUGCUCCUGUGUGCAAGUCAGAACUGUCAGAAACCUGCUUUCCCUGUAGUCUGACCUCGGCAAUGGGGAGUCCAGAACCAAAGCGUAGCACACAAAUGAUGGCAAAAGUAAAAAAAAAAAAAAAAAAAAAAAUAUAUAUAUAUAUAGAAACAAAAGAGAAAAAAAAUUACCCCACUGCCACCGGAGAUGAGGUUCAGCCAGCUCGGCGUGCACUUUUGUGCUCUCACAGCUGAUCUACAUUAGGCUCCCUGCAAGCAAAACUUCUGCAUUUUUAUCAGUCAGCAGUAAACUGGCCUUUAAUGAAAUCUGUGUCUGGUCUCGGACUUCUCCAAGCAGCCCAACCCUGGAGCCGAGCCCCCGCUUGCUGCAGAAGAGCCUCCCAGCAGCACCUCGCUCAAGUCGGUUCCUCUCGGUGCCUGAGUUUUCCCAACUGGCACAGGACAGCAGGACAGCAACACCCACCCUGCUGCUCUGGGGCUUCCAGGGGUCUGACGCUUUAUUCUCUUUAUUCCUAUGCAUCCCUCCGGCUCGGGGCCGCCGCUGCCCACCGCUUGCACCCCCCACGCGGCUCGCAUCGAGAGCAGGGAUGGGUGGGCUUCACCCGACGCAGAGGAAAGCACGGGAAGGAGCGAGGCCCCAGGCAGCUUGCUCAAACCCUCACCCCGCCUCUCCGUCUCGCUUCCUCCCCUGGAAACCCCCUGGCAGCCGUGGGAAAGCAAGCCCAGGGCUGUCAGGUCCUGCCCGCGACCGUGGUGGCUCCCAGAACUCCUUCUGCUUCACCGUCAGCUCCUCUCUGCUGCUGCAACCAGGCCCCGAAUGGGCAGAGGGGCUGCAAAGUCUCAUCCCGCCGGUGACGGGGCUGACUUGGAGCAGGCAGUUUGGGGGACAGCAGCUCCCCGGAGCAAGACAAGACUCUCCAAGCCCUAAAUUUAGCAAUGCCGGGCUGUAAUCCUCCUGCUCCCACGGGCAGCUGUUUUCUAGGACAAAUUUUAUCUCCCACUUGAUAGAAAAAAAAGCGCGUUGGCUGGGGGGGCACAGCCAGCUUCCGAGUUCAGUAGGGUGAUACUUCAGGGGAAGAUUUGUGGGGGUUUUGGGGGGUGUUUGGAUUUUUUUGGUCUUUUUAAAUCCAUGACAGCAACGUAUUAUCUUCGGGAAAGCUCUCUCAAACGUCCCCAGAUAACCGACCCCAAACAGAAGCGGCAGCUCUGAGUCCCUCGGGUCCCUGCCGCAGGUUUGUCCCCAUCCCUCUCCAGCUUCGCGCUACCCCACCUCUGCCAGGGGAAACACUCCCCUGGGGGGCUCUGCCAGCCUCUGCUCGGGGGUUGCACACACCCCACGGCAGAUUCAGAUGCAGCAAAGACAACAACCACCAACUCCAGGCGGGAACAAACCUCUCCCACGCGGUGUUCGGGAGGAGGCAAUAGCGCAGCAAAGCACCCCUUCGGAAGGGCGCGGGGUGGCUGCGGGGGCUCUGGGAGCACACGGAGAAGGGUCUGAGCCCAAUUUAAAGGCGGGAAAUGGCUUUCCAGCCCAGUUGGAGCAGCUUUUUCCCGCCUGCUGGGCCAGCGCUCGGUCUCAGUAAGGGGCUUGGGGGGGGGGUCCCUGGGCGCUUCGGCCCCAGAGACACCCCAAGAUGGAGGGUCCCUGGCAGAAGGCAGCCACGAAGAAGAGGCUUUUCCUCACCACUCCCCGUUACACCUGAGCCACAAAAGACAACAAUAAAGGUUGUUUCGGUCUUUCCUGCAGACGCUCAAUAAACCCGCCAGCUCCAC